GAGGAACAACCUGUCUACAACACCAGGCACUGGACGUCCCACUCAAGAACCGCCUGGAUGAGUGCUCGUGGAUACAGAGGCGCUUCCCCUCCCCUGUUCACUUCAGCGCAGGGCGACAAGGAAAGGGGGCAACUAGGACCCCAAGGGCCCGGGAGACAGAACCUGUGAGGCAGGCUAGGGCAGCGUCAGCCCCGCCUCCCCGAGACCAGAGCUACCCCCUUCCUAGCCUCCUCCCCUUCCCCGAGCCUCUCACGUCUCGCCACCUGACUCCAUUGAAACUUUGGAGCGGGGGUCCUGCGGGCGGGCGUUUGGAGGCGCCCUGAAAGCCGAGAGAGAGCCCCGGGGGUUCGCACUCGGGAGCUGGGCAAUCCAGACCAGCCUCGUCCUGUCCCGCUUCCGACUUGGCAAAGGUUGGGCAGCUCCUAGGGAGAGGAGGAGUAAGGCGACCGAGUACCGGGAGAAACCCAGCGUGCGCGGCUGAACAGCUGGCAGAGAAGCCCAGCGGCAGAGAGGGGAGUGGGGGUCACUCCAGAUGACAUCAUUCUGAUUCUUCAAGGAAGCUGGCUCAGAGACAUGAUCAGGUUCAGGAACAGAGCUGGACCGUGGAUGCUGAUCUGACAAGAUGGCUGCUCCUGAAAAGAGAGAGGUUCGAGGAUCUGGGAAGGCCAGGCUUACACUUAAGGGGAAUGGGGCCAACCCCAAGCUCCCGGAGGAUGUACAGGGGAGUGGGACAAGGGGACAGGACCCUAGCCAGCUGGAUAUGUUGAAAAAAGUUCAGGAAUUCUUCCAGAACUGUGACACAGAGGGCAAAGGCUUCAUCGCCAGGAAGGACAUUCAGCGGCUUCACGAUGAAUUACCUCUCAGUCUGGAGGAUCUGGAAAAUGUGUUUGAUACCCUGGAUGCUGAUGGCAAUGGCUUCCUGACUCUAGAGGAGCUCACCAGUGGAUUCAGUCAUUUCUUCUUUAGCCAAAAUAACUAUAACUCUGAUGAACAGGGGGCCCAGCCCCAGGAGGAGAAAGUCUAUCAGUCCAGGUGGGAAGAGGUGAUUGACAACCGGGAUGAAGAUGAGGAAGACCAGUUCCACACACUGAUGAAUAAACUUGGAGCACAGAAAAUUUUAGAAGAUGUAAGUGAUGUUAAGCAACUUUGGGAGCAGCUAAAGAAGAAUGAGCCUCACUUGCUGUCCAACUUUGAAGAAUUUCUCUCCAGAAUAUUCUGCCAGCUUCAGGAAGCCCACAAGGAGAAGGAUGAACUGGAAUGUGCCCUGGAAAGGAAAAUUGCCACAUAUGAUGAAGAAGUUCGGUAUCUCUAUGAGGAAAUGGAGCAGCAGAUAAAAAAUGAGAAGGAGCAGUUUCUCCUGAAGGACAUGAAGAAAAUUCAGUGCCAGAGUCAGGAACUGGAGCAAAAGCUGGUGUCAAAGGAACAGGAGUUGGAGCAGCUUGUCCAGAAGCAGAAACGGCUGGAAGGUCAGUUCUUGGCCCUCAACAAUGACAAGCAUGAAACCAAAGCAGAGAACACUAAACUCAAACUCACCAACCAGGAGCUGGCUGAGGAAUUGGAGCGGACCUCGAGUGAGCUCCAGUAUGCCCAGCUGCAGCUGGAGAGCCUGCAGAAAGAGGCUUGCAAACUGCAAGAGGAAAAGGAGAUGGAAGUAUACCGGGUGACAGAAAGUUUGCAGAGAGAAAAGACGGGUCUUUUGAAACAACUGGAUUUCCUAAGGGAAAAGAACAAGCACCUACAGGAUGAACGAGACAUGUGUUUGCAGAAAGAUAAAGCCGCAGCUGCAUCAAAAGCAAGCUGGAAGCAAAGAUCUGGCUCUAUCAUAGGAAAAUACAUGGAAGGAAAAGGUAUCCCUAGAUGCCAGUCAACUGAGGAGGAAGAUGUGUUCGGUAUGCCGAGAAGGAAAAGCUCCAUUGGCCUGAAUGGGACCACAGAUGGGGAGCCUGGGACCAAUGGGCCAAGUCUUCGGGCCCUCAGGAGGAUUAUCUCCAUUGAGGAAGACCCCCUGCCUCAGUUUCUGGAGAGGCACUCAGAGGGACAGCUGAGUAGAUGUCAGGAAGAGGAGGAGAGCAGUGGGCAGAACCAAGAGGGAAAGAAGCAACAAGCACCAUCCUUGGAACCCACCUCUCCUCGAGGACAGCCAGUAGGAAAGGAGACAGGGAUCCACGAGAAGAGCCCUCCCAACUCCCCAGAUCGGCUUUUCAAGAUUGUGUUUGUGGGCAAUUCUAGCGUGGGGAAGACAUCUUUUCUGAAGAGGUUUUGUGAAGACCGAUUUUCCCCAGGCACGGCAGCCACUGUUGGGCUAGAUUACCAAGUGAAGACAGUGAAAGUGGACAGAUCCCAGGUGGCCUUGCAGCUGUGGGACACAGCUGGGCAAGAGAGGUAUCGCUGCAUCACCCAGCAGUUCUUCCGCAAGGCAGAUGGUGUCAUUGUGAUGUACGACAUCACAGCCAAGCAGACAUUCAUGUCCAUCCGCCAGUGGCUGACGAGUGUCGAGGAAGCUGUGGGAGAGAACAUUUCCAUCCUUCUUCUGGGCAAUAAGGUUGACAAUGAAAAAGAGAGAGAAGUCCCCCAGGGACAUGGAGAACGUCUUGCCAAGGAGAAUGAUUUGAUCUUCUAUGAAUGCAGUGCAUAUUCGGGCCAUAAUGUCAAAGAAUCUCUUCUUCACCUAGCCAGGAUCCUCAAGGAACGGGAGGACACUGUGAGAGACAAUAUUGUCCAGGUCCACCAGCAACCUAAGAAGAAGGCCUGCUGUGGCCAGCAGUAGAGUACCCAGACUAUGCUUUGGAUCACGACAAGGCCCGUGUACGAUCUGGAAUACCAGUUCUUUGUUGAAGUCAACAUAUGCUCAGAGCUUGAUUCACUUUGAUGACUCAUUCCUCCUCUUUGAAAUGAUCUAACCUUGUGGGAGCUGCUGUUAGACACUAGGGGGCCGCUUUCCCCUCUCUUCUUCCUCAAGCCCAGAUGUCCAUUUCUAAAGCCUGCUUCUAUGGCGAAGGAGGGGGUCGGGAUGGAGAGGGGAGGAACAGGCUUGGCAGAGGUCACCAUGUGCCUUUUCACAUCUCCCUUCUUCUUCCCUAGCCCAGGGCAUACUCCGCAUCGUAGUAGCCCUGGCAUUUUUUAUAGGACAGAUUUGCUGCUUCUUGGACAGCAGCCUGAAUCCUCCUCAGGGACUAUAUCAAGGUACAUUCUCUGGUAACUGAACUGUCUCAAUAAGCACUUCCUAGGCCUCCGUCCUGUCUAGCUGUGUUUAAAUGAA